AUGGCAUUUCGCUCUAACAUUUCGCUUCUAUGGCUAUGUUUAGGAGCAUCCUUGAGCUUUAUUGCUUAUCGCCGGGUCAUUCGAGACCUGUAUGAGGUCCGCAAAUUGACUGAAAUCCGACACGAUGAAAAUGACGAGCGUAUGAUCAGUCAGGGCACUGAAGAUGCCCUCAAGCUUGACACUCUACAGAAGUUGACCGAGAGCCCGACUUACGAGCUCCGGGGCGCGUCUCUUCGUAUUCUAUCGGAACGAGCUACAAAGGAGGCAUCUCGAGAUCUUCUAUUAGAAGAUCUGAAGAGCAAAAACAAAAAACGACGGGAUCGGGCAUUGACGGCUAUCCAUUUUCUGGUGUCUAGUCGUGCAUUGGCUCGGUCAUCCUCACCCCUACGACUCAAAGAUCAUCCUACCUUUGAGGCCCUUAUCGAUUGUCUCUGCAAUUUCAUAGCCGAACACACCGAAGAAACGGGAACCACAAAUUCUCCUAUCCUCCCUAAAACAAGACCACCCGGCGAGAAAAAGGCACUGGCAGUGUUGAAUAUAAUCCUCGCUGAAAACAUCCCAGCCGCUUUGGAAGCUGGAAUCAUUCGUCGGUGGCUAUCACGAUACCCUUUUCCAUGCCUUCACGACAGCGAUUAUCGUGGCAAAGAUCUCGUAGUACUGAUGAAAACGUACUGGUCUGAUGACACAUUGAUGAGUUCAAUCGUUACGACUCUUUUGAAUAGUAUGGAAGCGGUCCGGCAACUCCGCAGAUUCGGCUUGAUAUGGACCUUGCUGGAAGACGAGGACCAAGAUGACGUCGACAGUGAUGUGUGGAUGGUCAAUGGUGAUGAUACCGCUGGAAGGAGUCGGGUUGCAGAACGACUUCGCUUAUCUGACGAGAGCUUGGAAGAGCAAGCGCUUCGUAGACGGAGGAGAGAGGCUAUGGUUUUUGGUGAAGCUGGUAGGCCGCUUGGUGAUGAAAAUAUUAUUCAACCGGUUAUCGAUCAAGACCUAUGA